AAUCCCAUCAACGAAUAUUUUGCCCAUAGAAAUACUUAUCUGAUAAUUCCUGUGUGAGUGAAUUAUUUUUAAUUUGAAAAGUUAAAGUGAUUUAAAUCUAUGUCAACAAUUUGUGACGAAUAAUUUCGAAAUUCUGUUUUAGAUUUGUGGAGAUUGUAAUGUAUUUAGCUUUGGCUUUUGUACUGUCAGUUGCUUAACGGCAAUUGAUUAUCAAUACCAACAUUGGAUUAUAAAAGUAUCUAAGCAAAUACAGCUAUUUUGAAUUGAAUGAAUCGGAACAUGGCGUCUCAGAAUGUACCUAAAAUGUCACUGGUUGCACAAUAUGAUGACUUAUGUCGAUAUACUAAAACUCUGAUGACUGUAGAUGAUGUUGAAAAAUUUAAAAUUUUUGUUGAAAACCAGCGAAAUUUAAACCAACGGAGGAAGAAUUAUGAAGCUGAAAUUCAAGAAUUAAAGAACAAAAUUAAUUCUCUUGAAGUGGAAAAGAAUAAAUAUGAGUUGCAAAUAAAACACAUGAAAGAUCUGGUUGCACGAGAAAUAGAAAAACGGAGAAGACUUGAAGAUAAGAAGAGCUCCAUGGAAAGGCAAAUAGCCCUUAUCAAGGAGGUUCUAAUGGCAGAUGGAAAUGCAAUUGAUAAUCAAACAAAAGAAAAACUUUUCUUCCUAAGUACCACAACUUAUAAAGCACAAGAGGAUGAUUCACAAAAUAGACUCACCACCAUUGAAGAAUCUAUUGGAUCUCUUCUAUCACCUUCUGAUAUAGAUGACACUGAUGAAGAUUUAAAUCCAAAUGUUUCACGUCGACGAAAGCGGCGCUCUAAAGGAGGAAGGCGUAGCUCUGGCGAUCGUACACAAAAGAAGAAAAAAUCUGGAGAAAAUGUAGCUUUUCAAUUUGAUGAAACUGAGGAAGAUGUUAGAAUGGAAAUCGAUAAAAUGCCAGAAAAAAAAGCUACUGAAUUCCGUAGUAGCAGCGAACCAAAUUCAACAACACCUGUAGAAUCAAUACGACAAGUUCAUCGAUCAGAUUCUGGACAAACAAAAAGUUGCACAUAUGAUCUUCGAAUCCAUAAUACAGGAACACUCCCAUCUAGCACACCACAUGGGCGAUACAGCACUGGAGGGAAAUUGAGUCGAACUCAUGCAUUCGUCUCUAAAACUGUUAUAAGAACUGAAAAAUGUUACCCUUGUGGAAAUAUGAUCAAAUUCUGCAAACAGGCUCUGAAAUGUACAGAUUGUCGAAUAACUUGUCACCCAGAGUGCAAAGACCAGUGCCCCUUACCAUGUAUACCAGUUACUUUCACUCCUACAAAGGUGGCUACUGGUACUAUUGCUGAUUAUACAUCAUCAACACCACCUAUGAUUCCUUCUCUCAUUGUCCAUUGUAUCAAUGAAAUUGAAUCUAGAGGUCUUAAAGAAAUUGGUUUAUAUCGCAUAUCAGGUAGUGAAAGAGAUGUAAAAGAUUUGAAGGAGAAGCUUCUAAAAGGGCGAAGUGUCACAAAUUUGAAUAAAAUGGAUGUUCAUGCCAUCUGUGGAACAGUAAAAGAGUUUCUUCGUUCCCUCAAAGAACCUUUAAUACCAAGGUCAUCAUGGCGUACAUUUGUGGAAGCUGCUGAACAAAAAGAAGAAAGUCUCAGUUUAAAUUUAUUAUUUGAUGCUGUUUGCGAACUGCCACAACCCAACAAGGAGACUCUUGCUUUCCUUGUGUUACAUCUACAAAGAGUUGCAGACUCGCCUGAUUGUCGAAUGCCUCUUGAAAACCUUGCAAAAGUGUUUGGACCCACCAUAGUUGGAUAUUCUUCAGCUGAUCCAUUAGAUUCAAAUCUGCUGGCAGAAACUAGGCAGCAGUGUCAGGUAAUGCAUAGGUUACUUAUGUUGCCUGCAGAUUCUUGGGAAAGCCUUUUAAAUGUGGAACUGCCAGAAGUUUUCAGACAAGAAAUUAAGACACCUGAUGUGACACCAGCACCUGUAGUAUCAAGACUAGGACCCAUUUAUUCAUCUGGCCAAAAACCAAGAAGUGCUCAGGUUGGCAGAAUUCCACUGACACCCAGGAAUGCAAAAAACUCUAAAACUGGAAGGCGCUUUUUCUCACCUUUAAAAUAGAAAUUGUUCAAGAGUGAUAUAUCAAACUACGGUUUGAAAAAUUUAGUCAUUUCAUUUAACCUUUUACCUGUAAUUUAACUUUUUGCCAUUGUUAACUUUUUUAUUGUAAAUUUUCGGUUGUUUUCAGAGUAUAAGAAAUUUUAUUUUGUAAAUACUCUGGAAUAUUUGUUUUACUAUGUUUUAUUUAUCAAUAUUUUUAAAUUUUGGAGAUUUAAAAAUUAGUAUUAGUAAAAAAAAUUUAAAAAAUUGUAUACAUAUUAACAUUCAAAUAUCAUCCAACGGAUUUUUCCUCUCAGUAGCCAAUUUUUCACACAUAUUGCAACAAUUGUUUUUUCUUACCACGUUGCAAAAUAGGACUGACAAUUUUUAGACAUAUUUGUAAAAUCUCUCUGAAUGUGAUUUCUGUAAUAUGUGAUUGCUUGUACUAACUCAUUUUUAAAAGAUUUUGCUCUGUACCUUACUCGAAAUAUUACAACAGAAGAGAAACUUGUAAAUAAUUAUAUUUUGAAAACUCAACCAUAAUUGCCAUUUAUAUAUAUACAUGGCAGAAUCAAUUUUUAUUUGUAGUUUAUUUUAUAUAUUAAAUGCAGUGUAUAUAU